AUAAAAUAAUUAUUAAGUUAUUAUAAGUCAAAUGAUAUGAUAUUUAAUAUUUAAUGACUUUUUGUGUAAUUAUUAUAAUACAAGUGUUUUACUAUUUGUUAUGAUUUGUCUCAUAAAACAUAUGAAUCGUUGUAUCGAUUGAUUGAAACAACGAUUGACUAUAAAAUCAGACGUCUUUUAAGUGAUAAUUAUCCGUGACAUCCGCUAUGAAUGUCGACAUCAAUACUGCCAUUGAAGACGACUUCUCUAUUAUAGAGUCGGCCGAAGAGGUUGUGAUUGAGCACAGGAUUGAAGACCAAAUCAGCAAUAAUUACUAUAUCGAAGAGUACUUAUCAUUGUUUCACUCGAAAGACGGCAUCAAAACUAUCCGUCGGACGGCUCUUCAGUCGGGUCUCAGAAGCUGUCGGUUCCGGUCGUUAUGUUGGAGAGUAUUUCUCGAAUCUUUGCCUGAAUCUAGUGAUGAAUGUGUUGUUAAAAUCAAAGAGUUUCGCCAGAAGUAUGAGUUUAUAUGCGAUAAAUAUAAUAAAGAUCCGCGAAAUGUCAAACCCGAUGUCAAUGAGAAGAUGAUUGAGAUAAAGAUCAUUAAUGCCACCGAUAAUCCAUUAUCACAGGACGAGGCUAGUCAAUGGAAUCAGUACUUUACGGACAGUGAGCUAAGGUCACGGAUUACACAGGACGUGAUCCGGACGUUCCCCGAAAUAGACUUCUUUCAAUUACCACAAAUACAAACCGUUAUGAUUAACAUAUUGUUUCAUUUUGCCCGUGAAAAUCCGUCCAUUGAUUAUAAACAAGGAAUGCAUGAGCUUUUGGCUCCACUUCUGUUUGUCAUACAUUGCGAUCACCAGACCUUUCUUCACGCGGAAGAGAUCGGACUCAUUGAAGAUGAAAUAAAAGUAUUAAUGGAUCCGCAAUACAUUGAACACGACUCCUAUUAUUUGUUUUGCGCUGUUAUGGAAAGGGUUGAGGGCUGGUAUGACAAUCAGUCUAUUCAAACCAAAUCAGAUACGUCAUUAAAUAAGGAGCCGUUUUCUGGAUCGCCCGAAACGGCACUGUUCUCGGUGUUGGGCGUUAAGCUUAAGAUGAUUAACGAACAGAUAGUCAAACGUCAAGACUAUGAACUAUAUAAUCAUUUGAUGUCAAUGGAGAUCACACCACAAAUAUAUGGUAUACGAUGGAUGAGACUUUUGUUUGGCCGCGAGUUUCAAAUGCAAGAUCUGUUGGUCAUUUGGGACGCAAUUUUUGCCGACGGUUUUGCAUUAUGUGAUUACAUAUUUGCGGCGAUGCUUCUGGUUAUCCGCAAACUAUUGUUAGUCAGCGACUACGCCCAAUGUCUCUACCAUUUAAUGCGAUAUCCAUCAGUGCCAGACAUUCAUUACAUUAUCCAUUUGGCACUUCAUAUAAGAGAUCCAUUGAAUUAUUCGGAACCCGUCGGUUAUUCUUCACUAGUGAUGCCUAACAUAACAGUAGAUCACUCGCCAACCCAACAGUCCAACUCAAACUUGAGGCGAUCACCUUCUGCUAAGAUUAAUGGACAGUCUAUUGUUAGACCGACAACUCUAACCAUUCAGAUGACUGAAUCGUCAACUCGUAAGCUCUCUAGCAAUGAAUCACAGAAGAAAAAACUAGAAAAACGAAUCAAUGAAUUGACACACAUUUCGUCCAUUGAUUUCCCUAAUGAUGACGAAUCGGAUGAUGUGAUGAAACAUGAAAACUAUGAAUUAAAACAUAAGAUUGAGUAUUGUUGGACUCAUAUGACCACACAAUUAGAUGUUUUACAGAGAGUAUUGGCCAGAGAACAGCUCACACACGAAGACGAAGCUAUGUUGGCUUUGGCUGAACUCAAGAAGUGUCGCGAUGUCCUCAAAGGAACUCUUAAGUUCUCAACAAAUAAUCAUUAAUUUUUAAGCAAUUUUUUAAUUAAUAAAUCA